CAUUAAAUUUCUGCUAGCUUUCAGUUUAUUUACUGUCUAAAAAUUCGUGUUAUUUUCUUAGUAUUUUCUGCAGUAUGGCUGCAAUAUAUGAUGGCAUUUGGGAUCAGCUGCAGUUGCCUAGCUUCAUGGCAUCGACGAGUUAUCCUGACCUUCAAUGCUCUAUGGAGGCUUUAUGGAACGGCGAUAUUCGAUUUUUUCCCCUAUAUUAUUGGUUGAUACUGGUCUUCAGCGUUUCUGGAAUGACUCACAGUCUUGUACAGUUGUAUCAACAUGCGUUUAAAAAAAAAAGCAACACGCAUAUAAACUCCAAAGUGCUUAAAGUUUUGGCCUGUAGCCAGCUAUUUAUAGUGGCCCAAUCCUGGCUAAUCUUGGUCUACGCAGCAUUGGUGGUAUCACCUGCUAAAAUGUAUGUCUGGCUGGUUAUCCAUUGCUUGCUGUUAAUUUUGCAACAUUGGGGCAUUGCAUUGAAUAAUGCCCUUAUGGGAGACGUGUGGUUUUGGCCAAAGUCUGCCAAAACUGUCAUUAGUCUGUUGAUUAAUUUGGGAAAAAUUGGAAUUGUGUAUCAGACCAUGUGUGCCUUCGAUGUGGCACUCACAGAAGAGAGGCCUGAAGAGUUGAUGCUAUUGUCGAAAAUAUUAAAAGCCAUUUAAACUAAAAUGAA